CUCUCCCCCCAAAUUUUUUUUCCCCCAAAUUUUUUUCCCUCCACUUUCUCCCACCACCAUUGUUCAGCUCCGGCCACCACGAAGCAGUGCCGACGCCCACCCAACGCCCACCAUCUGAUGGACUUGGAGAAUGAGUACGAUGAUGAUAAUUUGCUUCCACAUAUUACGGUUGAUGAUGAUCCGCGUCCCCAAGUUGUUCCUCAAAAUGAUGAAAAUGAAAUUGUAAGUGAUGCCGAGUCGGACGACAAUGAGGACCAAUGUGAGUGGAAGCUCAUAGAUGAUGAUGGAAAUGUUGAGCGACCUAAGAAAGGUAUGACAUUUGACUCCAUAGAAGAACUCAAAUCAUAUUAUAGGCGUUUUGGCAAGCAAAUGGGUUUUGGGGUGGUACAAAAGAAAGUUACUAGAGACAAAAUCAGUAAGAAAGAAGUACGCAUCAUCAUUGCAUGUGCUCGUCAAGGCAAGCUAGCACCCAAGACAAGUAAGCCAAAUCCAACAACCAAAACGGAUUGUAAGGCCAAGUUGAAUGCAAAGUUGGUUGAAACGAAGUGGUAUGUGACUAGUGUAAUUACUGACCAUAAUCAUGAUUUAAGUCCAGGAAAAGCAAGAUAUUUUAAAUGUAAUAGGAUAUUGAAUCCUAGUGUGAAAAGAAAGAUUAUAGUAAAUGAUAUAGCUGGGAUUGGACUGAGUCAGAGUUAUAACUCUCUUGCUGUUGAAGCUGGGGGGUAUGAGAAUCUUCCAUUUGUAGAAAAAGACUGCCGAAAUUUUAUUAACAAGGAAAGACAUCUUCGGCUUGGCCAAGGAGGUGCUAAAGCACUACGUGACUAUUUUACUAAGAUGCAAGCAAUGAACAAUGGUUUCUAUGCUGUGAUGGAUUUGGAUGAUGAAUCUAGGUUGAGAAAUGUGUUUUGAGCAGAUGCACGAA